CCUCCUUGACUGCCAAUGCAGAAGAAGCAGUAGAGAAUUUGAAGGCAACAGCAACGGCCAUGAGUCCAUCGAUGGCUGCCCCUCCAACAUGGCCAGCUUGGGCUCUCCCUUGCAGCACCCAAAAGGUUAACCUCAUCUGCUGAGUCAGGGCUGCCUUCAGGUGCCAAAGGGCCCGGCUUGGUUGGGAAGGAUGGACCGGAGAGGCCAGUCUCCGCUCAGGAAUGGAGAGCCGCUUGCAGGGAGAGUGGUGAGAGAAGCCCCAUGCAGAGGAAUGGCAGGAGGAAGGGCAGAUCAGAGUCUGGAAAGGGCUCCUGCUGGAGAAGGGGAGCCGCACGCUUCCCUCACGGUUCAUGCGCUGAACGUAGUCACCGGCAUUCCGGCUGCAGGGCUGGUUGUGCGCUUCAUGGAGCUGGAGGAUCCCAAGAAGUCCUGGAUAGAGCUGAUGAACAGCACAACCAAUGUGGAUGGACGCCUGGACAAGAGCAGCUUGACCUCCCUGCGGCUAAAGGCUGGGACCUACAAGCUGCGCUUCGAGACGGGGGAGUACUGGCAGCAGCAAGGCCACCACAGCUUCUACCCUUAUGUAGAAGUUGUCUUCACCAUCACAGAGGAGGAACAGAAGGUCCACAUCCCGCUGCUGAUGAGCCCCUAUUCCUACACCACUUACAGGGGCAACUAAACAAUGGCUGGUUUCCAAAUGUGAAUGCAUCUCCACCUCCAUCAUUAUCGCCACCCCUAUCUUGGCUACAAUCUGCUGCUUAUCAUUAAAUAUGGGGCAAAGUUGCCUACCUUGCA